AUGGCUGCUCUCGCCGGCUGCCGGGCGGUCCGCCUGACCGCGCCCGCCCGCGUCAACUCCCUGAAGCGCUCCGCCUCCGUCCGCCAAUCGGCGGUCCGGAUGGCCGUGCCCCGCUCGCGCGGCGCCCUCAGCGUCGCCGCCGCGGCCAAGAACUACAAGAUCACCCUCCUCCCCGGCGACGGCAUCGGCCCCGAGAUCAUGGCCGUCGCGAAGGACAUCCUCGUCGAGGUCGGCUCCCAGAGGGACAUCGCCUUCGACUUCACCGAGUGCCUCGUGGGCGGCGCCGCGAUCGACGCCACCGGCGUGCCCCUGCCCCCCGAGACCCUCGCCACGUGCCAAGCCUCCGACGCCGUCCUCCUCGCCGCCAUCGGCGGCUACAAGUGGGAUACACUCCCCGCCGACCAGAGGCCCGAGCAGGGUCUCCUCGGCCUCCGCGCGGGCCUCGGCGUCUUCGCCAACCUUCGCCCCGCCAACAUCCUCCCCCAGCUCAUCGACGCAUCCUCCCUCAAGCGCGAAGUCGUCGAGGGCACCGACAUCAUGGUCGUCCGCGAACUCAUCGGAGGCAUCUACUUCGGCAAGCCCAAGGGAUUCGGCACGGACGAGGCCGGCAACCGCACCGGUUUCAACACCAUGGUCUACUCCGUCCCCGAGAUUGAGCGCAUCGCUCGCGUCGGGUUCGAGACGGCGAAGAAGCGAAGCAACCGACUGUGCUCCGUGGAGAAGUCCAACGUCCUGGAGGUGAGCCAGCUGUGGAAGGAGAUCGUCACGAAGGUGCACCAGGAGGAGUACCCGGAAGUGGAGCUCUCGCACAUGUACGUGGACAACGCGGCGAUGCAGAUCAUCCGCGCUCCCACCCAAUUCGACACCAUCGUCACCGGCAACAUCUUCGGCGACAUCCUCUCCGACGCGGCUUCGAUGCUCACCGGUUCCAUCGGCAUGCUCCCCUCCGCGGCGGUCGGCACCGACGGCCCGGGGCUUUACGAGCCCGUGCACGGCUCCGCGCCCGACAUCGCGGGCACGGACAAGGCGAACCCCCUCGCGCAGGUGCUCUCCGCGGCGAUGAUGCUGAGGUACCAGUUCGGCGAGGAGGAGGCGGCGGCGCAGAUCGAGAAGGCUGUGAACGACGCGCUGGACGAGGGGUACCGCACGGGCGAUAUCAUGUCCAGCGGGUGCACCCAGGUGGGCUGCGUGAAGAUGGGUGAGAUCCUCAUGGAGAAGAUCAAGGCCUAA